AUGGUGGGCAAUUCGCGCCAGGAGGUAGACAUGGUUGUUGUUCCUAGGGAAGAGGUAGCUACCUUAGAGGCCGAAGGCUGGGAAGUGUACGCUAGUAUGACCAAGAACUGGCGUCCUGGCCAUUUGAUCGGCGACAAUGGAUCAGAUCCUGCAACAAUAAGCCAGUCACCGUCGUUCGCGCCUGCCAGCCGCUGGAAUGAGACAUCUGAGCGUCGUUCAGCCACGUCGACUGGACACAUCUUGCAAUAUCGGCGACCACCUGGCGUCCCUCUUGGCUGGGGUGGUUAUGAUGAAUUUACCUACUGGCAAUCAUGCGGCCGGCGAGUCACUAAAGAUAUGGUAAAAAAAGAAGAAUGGUCAACGUCUCCAUUGGCGCCGAUCACAAUUGUCAAAGAGUCAGGCGAAUUUGUAGAGACCGUUACUCUACCAGUCAAACAGGAAGAUCUCCCCCCACAACCCAAGAAACCUGUCCCGCUGUAUGACCUGCUCAACUCAGGAACUUCCCAGAAGCGGAAGGCCCCAACCAAAGAUGACUCAGGAACCUCAACCUGGGCCGACAUCUAUAAAGGCAAUUGAUCUAUUUUGCCCGGCUAUCGAUGCCUAUUCUCUUCUUAUUCCUUCAUAGGUGAAAACCUAGGCGAAAGCCAAUUCUCCUCUGAUUCCUCCAUAGGUGAAAACCUAGGCGAAAGCCAAUUCUCUUCCGAUCCCUUAAUGGGCGAAAGCCCUUGGACUUCGGCCCUAAAACGUCGCUGGUGCUUCGGCAUCUGGUCGCCCCGAAUGUCUACUAAUCUCACCAAUGUGAGACAGUAGAAUCAGGGAGCGGGUUCGAUUCCCGCGCGAUGUCUCAUAGCCCCAUGAAGUUCAGAACGGCUUAGGGAUUGGUUUACUGGCGUUACCAACAAAUUUGAAUAUACCAUAUAAUCAUGUUGACACAUUUCCGGGCUCUAUCGAGAACGAGCUAGUCCCAU